AUGUGUCUUGAGGGAUUUCCCACCUUCAAUGGUGUGACUCAUGAAUUGCGAUCAUGGAUUUCAUGGUUGGAGGAUUUCUUUGUUUGGGAGAAUUUUACGGACGACGAGAAGAUGAAUCUUGCACAGAGUCUUAUCGAAGGAGAAGCUGAGGCGUGGUUUUAUAGGAGACAGAAGAUGAUUCUUUUUCGAUCUUGGGAACAUUUGAGGGAUUGUUUGGUGCUGAGAUUCGGCGACAGAAAAGAUCUGGAACUAAUCAGAUUGCUUGCCAAGCAAGAUCAAUUUUUAAAGGAAAGGAGAGACGAAUCGAAGAUCCGGAGGAUGAAGAAUACAUCGGUCGAUCCACAAGAAGCAACUCCUUCAAUGGCCACGAUUCAAGAAACGAUUCCAGUGGAGAAAUUACAUAAUUCUCUGGAGAUCACUGACAAAUCUUUGAAUCAAGUUGAUGAAAUCUCAGUUGAGAAAGGAUCGAAGAAUGAUGCGACAUUGCUAAGUCCACAGCUACUUGUUUCUGAUUCUGAAAAUUUGAGGAACAACGAACUUAUGGCAAUAAAUUCAGUGGUGGAAAACUUAGAAACUGUAGUGAUUAAGACAAAGAUUCAGAAGAGCAGUAAAAUGGAUGUGGUUAACGGUGAUGUUGGGAGAAUUCAACAAGUGAGUAUAAUGAAAAGUUGUUCUGCACACAAGAUGUUCGAUAAAAUGUCUCCACUUAAAGAACGACUGGAAACGAAGAAGAAAAUGAAAGGAUUAAAAUCUUGGAUGUUCAAAUACAAGGCUGAGAAGAGAAGAAUUAGGAAACUACACAAUCAGGGCUGGUUACGCACUUGGAUCAAAAGCUUGAAAUACAAGUUUGAGAAAAGAAUAAUUGAGAAACGAAACGAUCAUAGCUGGUUAUACAAUUGGAGUAGAAGAGUGACUUGUAGGAAAAUCAAGAGUGCAAAACUACAGGGACAUAAACAGGUUCUAGAACAAUUAGGUGACACACUUGGAGAGGUUGAUAAGGUAGCGUUGCAAUCUGAUAUUGGCGCUAAUGUCUCUAAAUCAAAAAAAUAUUGUGAGUCAAUCACAUGGAUUAAAGACCAUAGAGUGGAAGACAUUAAUGAGCAAGCUGUUGCUUAUGGAGAAGCUUUCAUGAUAUCUCUAACUGAGACGGAUGUAUUGCAGUCUUCUUGGGAACACCAAAUGAAUUCUCACAUACCUACAAGACUACUAAGUAGAAGGAAACAGAGGAAGUGCUUUAAGUCUUGGAGAUUUAAGUUCAAACAGGUGAAAGAAGGAAAUAAGCAACAACACAAUCUCUUCCGACAAAUGGGUACUAUAACGAUCUUGUGGUGGUGGCUUCAAAAUGGAAGCAAGGUGCAGUGGCAUAUCUUGAUUGUCAAGAGGUUUGAUAAGCCAUGCGUUCAAGGGGAACUGAUUGCUUAUGAAGGGGAGAUUGUCGGAUUUUACACAACAAUUGGGGACAGAGACAUCUAUUUUUCUGUGUGGCAUUGUUGGAGAAAGAAGAAACUGCAUAUCAUUAACCUACAACAAUUGGCCACAGUUUUGCACAUCUAUGAGAAACCAAAACUAGGAGACUUCAGUCAAUCUUAUCUACUAGUUGCUGCAACACUUUGGAGUACAAAGAUGCAACGUGGGAUUGAAAGUUACCAUGUUUGGCACCGCUGGAAAGCUCGGUAUUUGCAGAUAUUUGAGUAUAAGUUUGAUGCAGGAUCAAAUCCGAAUUGUGAGUUGGCAACAUUAGUGCAAAACAGAGGCUUGAAGUUGUCGCAUGUCCAUGAACUUCAGAGAAGGGGUCACCACAUUCUUCAAGAAUUGUCAGAAGCUUGCAGUUCGUCAAUGCGGUACACUCAAUAUCUUAGAGACAAUGUCAGCUUGGGAUGA